AUGGCGGAACCGAAAGUAAAGGCCACAAAUGCUUGCGAAUGUGAUACAGGAAAAUGCGAUCAUGAAAAGCCUUGCUCUGACACCAGCUGUAAGGAGUUCAAAUCAUGCUGUAGCCCCGGGUGUCAACGCUGCGUAAAAAAGAAGUGCGAAGCUGGAAUACCAUGUCAAUGUUAUUCUUGUGGCUGUGAAUGUCAGAAUGAUCCUGAAGUGAAGGCAGGCAAAAGGCCGUGCAAGGAGUCCCAAACGUGUAAGCGCUGCGCGGAGAAGUGCAAAAAGGUAGAGAAGGGCGGGAGAUGUACAUGUUACUUAUGCGGUUGUGGAAUAUACUGUAAUGGCGUGAAUUGCCAGUGCUGUAGAUGGUGCAAUCCGUAUACCACAUGCACGGGUCCGGACAAUUGUGACCAAAAGGAGGACAAGCAUGACGAAAAAGAAUGCAACAAAGGCAUGUGUGCCAAAUACCCGGGAACCUGCGGCAAGUGCGUCUGCAAAGGUAAGGACAGUGGCCAAACGGGUGACUUAGAAUGCUCGGAAUGCAAGUGCAGCUGCAACGGCGACUGCCCAAGAACCAAAUGCUUCAAGGCCAAACAUGGCCCUAACCACAACUGCGACUGCACAACUGAUAAACAUGCCGUAAAAUGCGUAUGCGAAUGUAUAUGCAACUGCAGUUCCUACGGCAAUUUUUUUUGCGAACACGGCAAGAAAGAUGGAGAAUGCACCGAAGAUAACUGCGAGGCAAUGUUCUACUACGCAGGCAAAUGCCGCUUCAAAUGCACAAACUGCGGCAAACUAUGCCCCCAAGAUGCAUUUAGGCGCGGGUGCUAUAUAGGAGUCCCCAUACUCGUAAUCGUAGCGAUCAUGGUUUCCGUCUGUCGUUUGUAUCCUGGUCCAUUCCGCAAGGUGUAUUACGGACUACGUGCUGCACUUGUUAACUCGUUUAAUAGUUCUGGCGCAUCCACGAACCUUGCCGGUGGAAGGAUUCACGAGGAGAUGGACACUGAUGAAUACUCCGCCUUCCCGUUCAAGGGACUAAUGUAG